AUGUCUGGCCCACAGGUGGCUCUGGUCACUGGUUCCACGCUGGGCCUGUGGUUAGCCAUAGUGCAGGCACUGUGCCAGGGCUUUAAAGGGGAUGUGUAUCUGAGGGCCUGGGACGUCCAGAGGUGGGCCAUGGUUGUGGAGGAUCUGCAGAGGGAGGGACUCAAGCCCAGACUCCUCCAGCUGGACAUUACAGACCCGGCCAGCAUCCAGGCUGCACGGCAGCAUUUCAUGAAGGAGUACGGGGUCUGGAUGUGCUAAUCAACAACGCACGCAUCGCCCCAAGACAGAACUAGACAUUAUUAUUAAUGCGUUAACAUUCACUCACACAGUCUAUGACACACUGGCUGCCCAAUUCUGAUAUUUUUCCCACAUCAGAUAUUUUUCAGAGCUAAUUUUGAAUGGUCAAAAUACCAAUUAGUAAAGAAAGAACAAAAUUGGGCUGCCUGUCCACACGCAGCCAUAGUGCAAUAGUUAUUGCGUGUUAGCUGGCCUGGGAUACAGUGGCAUUUAGUGAACGAAUAGCUCCCUCUAUGUCCAGAAGGUGACCCUGCAUCCUUCGGCAGCCAAGUAGAGCACAUUCUCUAAACCAACUUCUUCGCCACCAGAGACAUCCGCAAUGAAUUUAUUCCUCUCUGUAUGUGUUCUCCGGACCUCCAGGCCCUGCAGCAAUGACAUCGCAGAGGAGGAGCUAAUGGCUCUGAUGAAGCGCUUUGUUGCCGAGGCUAAAGCUGGAGACCACGUCAGCAAGGGCUGA